CAGCUGGGUGAAGAUAGAAACUUAGGGCGGGGAGGAAUUUCCAGGAAAUGAAAGCGAAAGAGAAGUUAAAGUAAAACCCUGAGCAGCUUGGGCGACCCGGCAGUCGCCGUCACCCAGGCCAGCCAGGAUGGCAGCGUCCGGGUCGUUCCCGCUGCUGGUAGAGGGGUCUUGGGGCCCCGACCCCCCGAAGACCUUGAUCAACAAGUUGCAAAUGUACUUCCAGAGCCGGAAGAAGUCGGGCGGAGGGGAGUGCGAGGUCGUCCAGCAGCCCGGGAGCCCGGGGCGCUUCCUGGUGCUCUUCUCCCCGGAUGACGUUCGGCAGAAUGUUCUGGAGAAAGAGAAUCAUGAGUUAGUGUGGCAAGGAAAAGGGACAUUCAAGUUAACUGUCUGGUUGCCUGAAGACCCAGGUGAAGCCUCAGUCUCUAAGGAAGCAGUUCCAGAAGAGGAAUCCAAGACAAAAAAAGGCGCUGCGGAACCAGAUGACUUGGAUACAACACAAUCUCCCAGCGACAGAUCAGAAACAAGGGACGAUGUCCCCAGAGAAUGUGAAAACAUUUCCUCCAUGGUGGCAUUUGAAAACGUGCCCGAGAACAUGACUGACUUUGUGCUGACCAUGCUAGUGGAGAAUGUAAGUGGUCUCACCAGUGAUGACUUCAAGCUGGAAGUGAUCCGAGAUUUUGCCGUCGCUGUGGUUACCUUUCAGAAGCCUAUAGAUACCAGAAAAUUUAUUAUUGAUUGUAGCGGUCACCACUCGAACCGACGACUGCAGCUUGUGCCGAGACUUCUGGAAACAACGAAUGUAGUUAGGGUGGAAAACCUGCCUCCAGGGGUGGAUGAUUACCAGCUGCAGCUCUACUUUGAAAACCCUUCCAAUGGGGGCGGAAGAGUUGCCCGGGUUGAGUGUUUCCCGGAAGAGAGUUCGGCACUGGUUGAGUUUUGUGACAGCAAAGUGUUAGAUGUCAUUAUGGCCAAGAAGCACCAUUUCAACAGGAUGCCGCUGUCUGUCUUCCCCUAUUAUCCCUCCCUGGGAACAGCCUUAUAUGGUGAGGAGAAGCCACUGGUCAAGCUUCCAGCAUCUUUCCAAGAGUCUCUGGGUCUUCCUUUGUGGAAGUUCUUUCAAAAAAAUAAUCAUCUGAUCAAGGCAAUAGAGGAUGAAAUGAGAUGUUGUCACUGUGAGCUCAUGUGGUCUGAAAUGACUGGUACCGUGACCAUCAGACCUGCCGCCUCCUUAGUCAAUCACAGACGAAGAAUCAAGACCUGGCAAGAAGAUGCAUCUGAGCUGCUCUCUGGCAUCAGGUCUAGAUAUGAAGUUAAGUUGUUUGAAGUGUAUGCACCAGUAUGGGACAUCAUACAGCAUGACUUAGAAGAUGACAGGAUUUUGAUUGAGUUUGAUAAUGAUAGUCUAACCUUAGCCGGAAAAUCAGAAGAUAUCCAAGACAUCAGUCAGAAAGUCAAGGAAUUGAUAGAUAGCACCACAGAAAAGGUCAGAAAGGAAGAGCAGAGUCUGAAGGAGAAAGUGGCCCUUUCUCCAGGGAAACAUUUUCUUUUGCAACACAGUGGUUUCCUGGAGACUCUAAGCAAAGAGUACCCAGAGAUGGAGAUUCAUUAUGAUGCCGCCAUGCAGGACCUGUGCUUGAAGGGAUUCCGUGCAGACGUGUAUAAAGUCAAGUGUGAUGUCCAGGAAAAGGUGUAUUCCUUGGCUCAGAAAGAUGUCCUGGUUACUUCUCAAGUUUUCAUGUUUCUAGAGCAAGUAGACAGUCAGGAAUUUUCUAAGACUCUUUUUGAAGCACAGGUCAUGCUUUCCACAUAUGAGCUGAAGGGUACAGCUCUUCUCUUGCUGGCCCAUUCUUCCAGAGACCUGGCAGAAGCGGAGAAAAAAAUGCUCAGUGCCUUAAGUUAUAAGCUCAUUGAAAUUGAGGACAGGGAAGUUCUCGAAGGCAAUGUGUGGAAAAAGAAAAUCCACCUUCUGCAAAAGAAACACAGCUCCACUGCAGCCAUUAUGAUAAAGAAUGAAUUAACUUCAGGAACCCCGGCUGAGGUCAUCAUUGCAGGCUGUGUGAGAGAAGUAAAUGAAAUCUAUAGCCAGCUUUUCGAGUUCUUGGAAAACAACAUGAAAACUGAAAGACUGGUCGAAAUAGAAUCAUCCUUGCUUAUCGAGUAUAUAAAGACAGACAGGAAGCUUUUCUGGCAAAAGAUAAAGAGGGCAAAUGUGCAGGCAAUCUUUAAGCUGGAGGAUGAGCCAAAAGGCAUUUUACUAACUGGCUUCAAGAGCAAAGUUGUACAGUGCAUGAACAUGGUCCAGCAAAUCCAGGAUUCAGUCUGCAUUAGAAGAUUCCAGAUUGAUAAGGCUGGUGCCAGGCACUUCUUCCGGAACAAGGCAUCGUAUUACAAAACGGAGAUCAAGCGCCUGUAUGGAUGCGUCAUUGAACUCCAGGAGGUUGGAGAGAGUGAGAAAGGCAGCCUUCAGGAGAAGUGUUACUUACAGAAGGACAUAGCCCCAGGAGUCACGCUGAUUGUACAGCAAGGAGACCUGGCUCAGCUUCCUGUCGAUGUGGUAGUGAAUACGGCAAAUGAGCAUCUGAAACACGUUGGUGGUCUCGCACUUGCUCUCUCAAACACAGCUGGCCCUGAACUUCAAGCAGAAUGUGACAAGAUAGUCAAGAAUGGUGGCAUAGUCCCACCUGGGAAUGUCGUUAUCUCAAAAGCAGGCAAGCUCCCUUGCCAUCAUGUCAUCCAUGCAGUAGGGCCUCGGUGGAAGGGAGAUAAGGCCCCAGAGUGUGUGAUGUUGUUAAAGAAAGUUGUGCAUCGAAGUCUCUCUUUAGCUGAGGAGUUCAAGUGUCAAUCCAUAGCCAUACCAGCUGUCAGCGCUGGGAUCUUUGACUUUCCCUUAGACCAGUGUGUGGCAACCAUUGUUUCAGCCAUCAAAGACAACUUCCAACGUAAGCCAGGCAGUCACACCUUGAAAAAAGUUUAUCUGAUAGACAUAUCUGCAAAGGUUGCUGGGGCCUUUGCUGAAGCUGUAGACACUACAUUUAAAGCCACCCUUUCCCACACGGCUUCCCCACCCAGCUUAAAAGCAUUAGAGUUACCAAUACCCGGGAAACCGCCGCUGAAAGAGGGCUGGCUGCUGGUGUCACCGGAAGGCCUGAAAAUCCAGCUCGUGGAAGAAAGUGUACAGGAUGCUAAGACCCACGCCGUCGUCAUCUCCAUUCCCGUGGAUCUUGCACUCAACAGAGGACCCCUUUCUCAGGCCGUAUUGGAAAAGGCUGGGUCAGAACUCCAGGAAGAAUUGAACAAAGCAGGACAAGGGGUCUCUAUCAGUGAGGGCACAAUUCUACAAACCAGUGGCUGUAAUCUGAGCUGCCGCCACGUAUUUCAUGUGGUGGUUCCACAGUGGAAACGCAACAACAAUGCAUGGUCACUGAAGAUCAUGAAAAACAUCAUCAGAGACUGUCUGAAGAAGGCCGAGGCACUGUCUCUGCAAUCAAUUGGAUUUCCAGCAAUAGGAACAGGAAAUCUGGGGUUUCCUAAACCCGAAUUUGCUAAAUUAAUAAUUUCAGAAGUGCUCAGAUUUAGUAACAGGAACCACCUGAAAACUUUACAGGAAGUUCAGAUUCUGCUGCACUCGAAAGACCUCGAAAACAUUCAGGCAUUUUCAGAUGAAUUUGACAAAAGGAGUAAUGGAGAUCCUAGCGCCGUGGAUGCAGAUACACAAGGUUUCUAUGGGAGUCUUUCCAGCCCCACUUUAGGAGUGCUAGAAAUGAAUAUUGGCCCGAUCCUCUUCCAAGUGGCCACAGGGGACAUCACCAAAGAAGUGGCAGAUGUGAUUGUCAAUUCAACAUCAAACACAUUUACUCUCAAAUCAGGUGUUUCCAAAGCAAUUUUGGAAGGUGCAGGACAAAAUGUGGAGAAAGAAUGUUCUGUCCUGGCUCAACAGAACAGCGAGUAUAUAGUUACUGAAGGUGGGUUACUGAGAUGCAAGAGUAUUAUUCAUGUUGUUGGAGGGAAUGAUGUCAAGAGAUCAGUUUCCUGUGUUUUGGAAGAGUGUGAACAACGGAAUUACUCAUCCAUUUGCCUACCAGCCAUUGGCACAGGAAAUGCUCAGCAGGACCCAGAUGCAGUUGCUAAAGCCAUAAUGGAUGCCAUUGAAGAAUUUAUCCAGAAAAAAUCAGUGCAGGCUGUGAGGAAAGUUAAAGUUGUCAUCUUCCAGCCCCACAUUCUGAAUAUUUUUUAUGACAACAUGAAAGAGAGAGAAGGCUCCCCAGCUCCUCCCCAGCCGUCUAUGCUGUCUAAGAUUGCCUCCUUUUUUGGUUUGUCAAAGCAAGCUACCCCCAAACAGAAAACCCUGUUUCUGGAGAAGAAGACGGAGACAACAGUUUUCCAGGUAUGUGGUGCUGAUGCAGGCAGCGUGGAAAGCACCAUCGCCUGGAUACAGAAUCUGAUUACCCAAGAGCAGCUUUCCUACACCAGUAACGAUGAGUGUAUCAGAGACUUUGAUGAGGAGGAAUACAAGAGACUGAAUGAGCUGCAGAAGAGGCUGAAUAUUGUCAUUGACCUGGACCAGAAGAAACCUUUGAUGAAAGUUGAGGGAAUCAGCAGAGAUGUAGUGAAAGCUAGAGAUGAGAUUGAAGACCUGAUCAAGAGCAUUCGGUUGGUCAAAGAAAAGGAAAGCCAGGCAGACUAUGUCCUCGAAUUUGUGGAAUGGCAAUAUAUUGCCAACAGCGUCACAUACAGUUUUGACAAAAUAGCUAAUAUGCAGUUGGAGGAGGCCCAGAAGGCAAAGCAAAAGAGUGUUGUUGUCAAAAUUAAUAAUCAGGACUUCACAGUGAACUUGAGCACAAACACGGCCACAGGCCAUCAAGGGCAGAGUGUCACUGUUCAGCGCCACAUAAAAACCGAAGCUGAAAUCCCUGCACAUUGGAGUGACAUGAGGCAGAAGAAAUUGCUUGUGGUCAAUCUACCAACCAGUGAUCCUGAAUACAACAUUGUGGCAACCAAGUUCAACCAGACCUGCGCAAACUUGGUCAUAGAGAAGAUCGAAAGGAUCCAGAAUCCAGCUCUCUGGAGGAGGUACCAGGCAAACAAAAAAAUUAUGGAUGAAAAGAAUGGCCACAGAGGAAAUGAGAAGCAGCUCUUCCACGGGACGGAGGCUAGCUCUGUUCCACACCUCAACAGCAAUGGAUUUAACCGCAGCUACGCUGGGAAGAAUGCCGUUUACUAUGGGAAGGGAACCUAUUUCGCUGUCAGUGCUUCCUAUUCUGCCAGUGACACAUAUUCCAGACCAGACGCCAACGGGAAAAAGUAUAUGUAUUAUGUGCGGGUUCUCACUGGGAACUACACCAACGGAAACUCAACGCUGAUUGUGCCUCCUUCAAGGAACCCUCAAAAUCCCACUGACUUGUACGACAGUGUCACAGAUGAUGUUACAAACCCAAGUUUAUUUGUAGUGUUUUAUGACAACCAAGCAUACCCAGAGUAUCUCAUCACAUUUAGGCAGUGACACCUCGGCAUCAUGUAUCUGCUGUGUGACAAAUGUUAGCCGUUUUCCCCCUUAAGCAAGGUCUUUCUUUGCCAUGGACAUGUUUCCUCAGCUGCUUCUCCAUGGUGGAAAUGAAUCUACUUGAGAGCCAAUCAACGUGAGCAUUUAAAUCAGGUACCAGCUGUAGCCGUGCUGUCGAAAAUGUGACAGGAACACCUUCACGUCCCAGCUGCCACCAGUGGCAUCACGUGGGAGUGCCACCAAGCCGCGGGGACCACUGAACAGAUUCCUCAGCAGAGAGCCUCUUUUUCUUCACUAACAGCCUUGUGCCAGGUGGGCUGGACAGCUCCAGCCGGGGCUAUGUACAAACUGGGUGCUGGGAUGUAGCUCGUCGUCGUGGUCCUCUGUGUGAACUGAGCCCCAAGGAGGGGCACAGCUCAGAAGCCCAGGCCCCGUUUGCCAGGGGCCCUUUCUAAUGUCGGCCCUAACGUUCCGGCUACCUAGUGAAAUCAAUGGGAUGAUACUGCUACAUCUCCAGGGGAAACCCUUCCACUGUGUGAAAAUGAGUGAACUCUGAGGAUAUCCACUAGCAUCUUUCCCAUGGCGGGCCAGCUUGUGAUGAUUUCAACGCUUAUGUGUAAGCCAAUUAGUCAGAUUGCUAACUUACUAACUCAGUGUCUACUGGAUGGUAAUUAUUUCUUGUGGUCCUGGAGACUGAACGUAGGGCCUCACACAUGUCAAGCAAGCACUGUACCACUGAGCUACACAA